AUGGUAGAAUUGGGUAUUCUGUCAGUAGAGCGGUGGACAACAUGCAAAAGCGGUUUAUUUCUAGCCAUGGAUUCAUCUGAUGAUGACAGUGAAGAUGUUCCCACAGCUUUCAUGGUAGGAACAUCACAGGUUGAAACACAAACCAAUCAAGAUACUAAGACAAUUCUUCAAAAUUUGCCUGCUUUGACAAAAUCAUCAAAGACUUCUGAAUCUGACUCAGCAAAAGAGAAGAGUAUAUUAUUUACUAAUAGAUUGCUUGAAACAAGCUCUGAAGAUGAAGUUAAGAAACAAGAAAUGGCAAAGGUUUUAGUGAAAGAUAGUGAGAGUGAGAUGGAACAGAUUAAACAUGUUUCAGAGACUAAUGAUGAAAAAGAUAGUUUCAGUGAUGAAGAUAUUGUUAUGACCCAAUCAGCUAGUGAUGCCAAUAUUACUGUUAUUUGUAAAACAAAAUUUACAGCUGGUAAAAAUACAGAUGAAGCCAGUACUAGUGGUGUAACAAGUUCUCCUGUUGUAAUAGCUAAUACAUUUCAAUCUCAAGGUUUUGAUUUGGCACCAAGUUCUCAAGAAGAUAUGUUUUUUGUAAAAGAUACAUGUGAUGAUGAGGAAAUUACGCCAAUUAAAAGUAGUCAGAAUUUUCGUAGUUUACAACUAUCAGGAGAACCCAUGAUAGUUCCUGAAACUCUUGAUCAAAAUUUGGGUGAUUCCCCAGAAAUUAUAAUGUCUACACCUAGAAUUAUACCUAAUUCACCAACAGAUGAUAGCUUACUAGAAGAUAAUGAUAAAAAGGAGGAGACCUAUGAUCCUACAGCUAUAGCUACUUUAAAUGAUCAGGUCAAAGAAUCUGUAAAUACUGGUAAUGAAAGCAAACCAGCAGAUUCUCAAGACUUAGCUUUAAGAUUAUCUCCAUCUCAACCAUAUCCUUAUAAUGAGAGUCCAUGUCAGUCAUUAAGAUAUGAGGAAGAAAUAAAUAUUGAUGAUACUGGUAAGAAAACAACCAACUCCUCACUAGCUGAAAGUUUCCAUUUAUCAAUACCAAGAGAGGGUGUAUUGUUACAUCCUACUAUUACUGAUAGUAAACAUGGUACCAGUACUGAUAAUAGUACUAGUCCUGAUACUAAUAAAACAUCACCUUCACAAGAGGGAGGAUUGGACAAACAAGCAUCAUUAGAUAUUGAUCACAUAUGUACAGAGACUGAAAAUAAUUCAGAUACAUCAUUUCAUCUUAAUGUGCCUCAAGUGUUAGAAGGUGAUAAUAUAUGUGAUGAUACAAAUCAACAAAAUGUAUUCAAUUUGGCAAAAACUGGUAGUAAAAGACCCAAACAUGUAUCAACAUUUAUAGAGGAGAGCAGUGAAGAUGUAUUUGCUUUUGAGAAACGACGUAAAAUUACCAAGGAUGAUGACAAUGAAAGAGAGAAUGCAUCUGAACCAAUAGUGGUAGAAGAACAGGAAUCUGUAGAUCCCAAUGCUGAAACUCAACCUUCUAAUGAUGAUUGUUCAUCUGUUACAGGUGAAAAGCAAUCUGUAGUAGAAACUGAAGAUACUCAGCUGUAUAAACCUGAUAAUAAAGCUAAACAAAGUACUAGUGUAGAGAUUAUAGAGGCAGAUGAAGUGGGCAAUCUAAUUAAAAAACCUUCAGUCAUUGUUUUGGACAGUGAGGAAACUGAAACUGAACAUAGGGAUAAUACAACAUACACAUCUUUAUUGGAGAAGAAGAUACCCAGUGAUGACAAGAUGUCCAAAGCUGCUGAAGAAAUGACUGAUGUAGUUCAACCUAUUGACAAAGACAUUCCCCCUGAUCAGAACAUCCAACGAGCAUCACAAUGUUCUGAAGAAAUACCUCAAUCACAAUCACUUAAUAAGAUGAAUGAAGAAUCUAAAGACCAAUCAGGCUCUCUUGGAUCCCAAUCCAAGCCGGCUCAAAGUUCUCAGAACAAUCAGAGUUUGCUUUUAAAAUCAGAUUCUGAAACAAAACAGAGCUCACAAGUGAAACCAUCUCGGACUAAAGAGUGUUCACAGCAACAGCUAAGUGUCCAGUUAAAACCAAAGUCACAAGCAAAAGCUGGUACCGAAACAGUACAAACUUCUCAACCAAAAUCAGACUCUCAACAAAAUCCAAAUCAACAGAUUCAAGCUAGUUCAGUACUAACUGAAGGUCGACAAGUUGAUAAAGAUUCAACACCAAAGCAGACUGUAGAAUCAGAACAUGUACCAUCAGCAAGCUCUCAACCAAAACAGAGUUUAAACACAGGACAGGAAUCUAUUCUGAAACAGCCCUGUACAAAACAGAAUUCCCAAAAUAAAAGUGCUGAGUUGGAAAAGGCCACCUCAAGUCGUCAACUUGAAAAAGAAGUGUCUGUAGAAGACCAUGUACAUUUUCAAAUUGAUGACCAGAAAUUGUCACAAGAUGCUUCUGAAGCUGCACCUAAAGCUCAAGAGGAUGAAACUGCUGAUCCUUAUUUAUUCCUUGGUACACAAUCACAAGGCUUAUUGGGCACUACAGUCAGUGUUACUACUUCUGCUACUCAUCCUGAUCAAUCAACAAAACAGACUUCUAAGUCUCCCAAGGCUAUAUCUGGGAAGAAGUUAAAGAAACUACCAGCUAAAAGAAUUCUUCCAAAGAAAACCCAGAUAAUAACUGAGACCCGUUCUUCUACUGAUGAUCAACAAAUUGGUCUGUCUAGACAUACCACUCUCCGUAGAAAGAGAACAUCAUCUAAAAAACAAAGUAAAGCUAGUGAUGAGUUUGUACGACCUGAAGAACCAGUUACUACACCUUUAAGAUCCAGGACAGAAGCAAGAAGCUCUCAUGAAACACCAAGUUCUGUACAGUUACAACAUGGUGAAUCUUCAAGACCACAAUCUCAAAGGAAAAUGGACUUCCAAGAAUUUGCAGAAGCCUUACAGAAAAGUUCCAGUUCUAGUAUAAGUUCUCAGGAAGAAUUAGAGUAUCAUGAAGUCACCACAAAAUAUAAAGUGGUAGAUAUCACUAUAACUAAUAAACGUGGUGAUGUUCUAUAUAAUAAAACUAAAAAGGAGAGGGAAGAACCAAUUGUGGUAAAAAGAAAAAUCUCUAAAGAAGAAGUUCAUCAAUUUGAAUCACCAAGAAGUUUAAGUACAUUAAGUUCAGGAGAACUGGGUGACAUUGAGUCCUUGUCCCGGUCUAGUGGUUCUAAAAAUAGCUUACCACAAAGUCUAGAUAAAACCAGUCCUAGUUUAGAUGUUCUAUCACCAUCAUUACAGAAAUCUAAAUCUGAUUCAUCACAGACCACACAUAUAGCAGCUAGUUCAUUACAUUCUGAUAUAGCUAACACUCCUAAUGAAUCACCUAUUGGUAAUGAAGAGAUGGGUGCUCAUACAGGAGGUGUAGAAAUUUCUGAUGUCAUAUUUACCAGUCCUGAGACAUCUGAUACAGCUAAAAAACAUUCUGAGGUACCUCGAACAACUAAAUCAACCAGUCCAUUGGUUCGUAAACAGGCAGCUGACUCUAGUAGUCAAGAUACUAGUGAAAUAGAAUGUGCUCAACGUCAGACCACAACUACCAAAGUGCCAGAUGAUCCAGGUUUAGAUGAGAGUGGUGGAUUUUCUGUUCGUGGUGGCACUGCUAGUGUUCAUUCUUCAUCAUCUGGUAGGAAGGAAGAUAUUUCAACAACACCUACUGGACGUUCUUCUAAAAAGAAAACUGGCACUGGACGAGGUAAGCAGUCUGUAAAGAGUAGAUCUAAGAAUACAACAAGUACUUCUACUACUACAACCACUACUACUGACACUUCUAAAACCAGUCCUGAGAUACCAAUGAUUGGUGGUAAUAAAGAUACAUCAACUACUACUAUGUCUACCAAACCUACCUAUGCUAGUAAGUUAACAGAAGGAUCAGCUGUCAUGGCAAAAUGGAAAGAUGGUUAUUAUUAUCCUGGUACAAUAAAACAAAUUGAUUCAGAAAGAGUAAUGGUAUCAUUUGAUGAUGGUGAUGUAAAAUAUGUAAAGAAUAGUAAUAUAUUACUAGUUAAACAGUUACCUAUAGGUCAGAGUGUAAUGGUACUGUCUAAUGAUGGCUAUUUUGAUACAGGGAUGAUACUGGGUCAUUUGACUUCUGAUUCUGAUGAAUCUUUUUUAUAUCAAGUAGAGAAAGAUAAUGGUGAAAAACAAAGAUAUUCUCACAGUCAAGUAAUAUUAAGUGAAGAUCAAGCAGCUUGUUUGAUGAGUGAUGAAGAAUUAAGAAUAAGUCAACCAGGAGGAAGCCAUGUUUCAACUCACAUCAAUCCAGCUAAUGUAUCAUUAGAUAAUCUAGUAGAAGGUAAAAGAACAAGAUCAGCUAAGAAAGACUCUAAGAAGGAAAUGCGAGAACCAAGUGAAACUAAAAGAUUAGGUAGAAAACGGAAAGCGAGAGAAGGUGGACCAAUGGCUACUAGUACUCCUACUCCGAAAGGCAAAAGAUUACAAACAGAAAAAGCACAUCAAUCUUCAUCUACUACAAGUAAUCUACUAGAUUCUCCCUCUACCAGUGGUACUAGACAUUCACCUAGGAAAGUUAGAGUUGGAUUAUUUGAUGACAGUACCAAGACAUUUGGCCUAUUUAAAGAAAUGGCGUUUUUACUUACACAUGGUGUAAAGACUAAAGAACAGAAAAGAGAAGAGAAAAAACAAUUAAGAGAUUCAGAUAUAUCAACUGAAGAGAGUUCUGCUGAAGAAGAAGAACUACACCCAUUUAACAAACAUCAGUUAAUCAGUUUAAUAGUAGAAGGCAGAGGUGUUAUAUUAAAUGAAUAUGACCAGGAAAAGAUUAAUCAGUAUAAAUGUUGUUAUUUGAUAUCUGAUUCACAUCAUAGAACUGUAAAAUAUAUGCAGGCUCUUGCUGCUGGUUUACCUUGUGUCUCUCAUUUGUGGAUCAUCUUCUCUUCCUCACAGGGUAGAUUAUUAGAUUAUAAAUCUUAUAUACUACCAGCUGGUAUAAAUAUAGAGAAGAGAAAGUUAUGUGAAUGGAAUUCUAGAGGAAGUUGUCUAUCUGGUUUAAAUGUGAUGGUUAAUUCCAGUAAUAAAGAGUUUGUAUCAGCCUGGUCUUCUGUAUUGAAUAUCAGUAGAUGUCAUCUUAUUACCAAAUUACCUACAGCUAAAAGUAAAACCAAGUUAGAUGUGAUAAUAACAGAUAAUAGUUGUUCUAGUACAGUGUUAAAGAAAGCAGAGCAGUUAUCAAUACCAAUAGUGUCUACUGAAUGGGUCAUACAGUGUUUAAUAACAUCUCAUAUAGUUAAUUAUGCUGGCAAUCCCAAAUAUAGACAUGAUUAUUAUGAUAAAUAG